CCACUUCAAAUAUCUUUCUUCGCCAAACAAGGUGUUAGUUAGGUUAGGUAGAUACCAAAACCCAACCUUUUUUAGAACUCAAAAAACGUCAAACCUCAUAGUUAAUGUCAAUAAAAGAUACUCUCCGCCAUAUCUCCAGACUGCGACAUCUUCCCCACUACUGCACACACUUGUACUAGGAACCACCCUUAAAACAAUAAACUAAAGCUGGGCCCCACCCACUUCUCAAAGACUUCGGAGUUUAAACAAACCCAUGAUCAUCACCAUCACCUUCAUUUUCUAGUUUGACAUCUUCAAUUUCGGAUCUCUUUUUUCUGGGUGUCUGAGAAUUCGAAAAGGGUAUUCGAAUCAGCAAUUUGUUUGAGAAAUGGAUGAGAAAUGGGUGAGAAUGGUGACUGCUCAAACACCUACUAAUAUAGCUGUUAUUAAGUAUUGGGGGAAAAGAGAUGAGACCUUGAUUUUGCCUGUUAAUGAUAGCAUUAGUGUUACUUUAGAUCCUGCCCAUCUUUGUACUACCACUACUGUUGCUGUCAGUCCUGCUUUUGACCAGGAUCGGAUGUGGCUUAAUGGAAAGGAGAUUUCCCUUUCUGGAGGCAGGUUCCAAAAUUGCUUACGAGAAAUUCGUGCUCGCGCCUGUGAUAUUGAGGAUGAAGAAAAGGGUAUCAAGAUUUCAAAGGAGGAUUUGGGAAAAAUGCAUCUACAUAUAGCUUCGUAUAACAAUUUCCCUACUGCUGCUGGGCUGGCUUCUUCAGCGGCUGGUUUUGCUUGUCUAGUGUUUUCCCUUGCAAAGCUGAUGAAUGCUAAAGAAGACAAUAGUGAGCUCUCUGCUAUUGCAAGGCAAGGUUCUGGCAGUGCAUGCCGCAGUUUAUUUGGUGGAUUUGUGAAGUGGAUCAUGGGAAAAGCGGAUGAUGGAAGAGACAGCCUUGCAGUUCAACUUGUUGAUGAGAAGCAUUGGGAGGAUCUUGUUAUUAUUAUUGCCGUGGUAAGUUCACGGCAGAAGGAAACUAGUAGCACCUCAGGAAUGCGUGAGAGUGUUGAAACUAGCUUGCUUUUGCAACAUAGAGCUAAGGAGGUUGUACCAAAACGCAUUGUAAAGAUGGAAGAGGCCAUUCAAAAGCGUGAUUUUGCAUCUUUUAGUCAAUUAACCUGUACCGAUAGUAACCAAUUCCAUGCUGUCUGCUUGGACACAUGCCCUCCAAUUUUCUACAUGAAUGAUACAUCCCACAGGAUAAUAAGCUGUGUUGAGAAAUGGAAUCGUUCUGAAGAAACACCUCAGGUGGCUUAUACCUUUGAUGCUGGGCCAAACGCAGUUCUAAUUUCACAUAAUAGAAAGGCUGCUGUCCAGUUGUUGCAGAAGCUGCUUUAUUAUUUCCCACCCGACUCUAAUACUGAUUUGAACAGUUAUGUUAUUGGUGAUAAGUCAAUAUUAAAAGAUGCUGGGAUUGAGGAGUUGAAGGAUGUGGAAGCAUUGCCAGCCCCUCCGGAAAUUAAGGAUGCCCCGAGAUUCAGAGGGGAUGUUAGUUAUUUCAUCUGCACCAGGCCGGGUAGAGGUCCUGUUUUGCUCGCGGAUGAAAGUCAGGCUCUUCUCAACCCUGUUACAGGGCUGCCUAAAUAAGCGUGGCAUGAAUUGCCUUUCUCUUCCAUUUUUAUUAUCUUGCUAUGCCUAGGCGAACAUUUGUCGUAUAAAUUGUUUUCAGUAAUUUGAAGUUGCAGGGAAGCAUUUCUGUGCAGCUCCUGGGGCUGCUUUUGUCAAGUAUUUGUAAUUUAUUCUUUUGCUUCUAAGUUCAUUUAGGGUUGUGAACUCUUGAUGAAUAAAACCGUUCAUUGAAGCUUUUCUUGCAGCUGUUACUGAGAGAAUAUUUUUUCUAGUAGUUUUGGCAUUUUGUUUUU